AUGGCAAUCCUCAUCGCCAAGAGGGAUGUGCGGCAGCUAGACUCGUCUACAGCACCUAUAUCAAUGCCGCCAGCCCGGACGGAGUGCUCGGUGGCCUCGCCGAUGACCUCGAUGGAGGAUUUUGACGUCUUUGAGGAGCACCUAUUAGACGCAAAUUAUUGGCAGCAGGCGCCGCCUGCUGACACAAUUCAAUCUAAAAGGUGUCUACAAUCAGCGAAAUCUUCGGCCCACAAGAGCAUACGCUCUGCUGGAAGAUGUUUUUUUGGAACGUGGGCGGAGACCCACCCCACACGGCCAACGGACUUCGAGGAGGCCGUCCGCUCCUUGUUGAAAUCUGCAGUUGCGAAACACCAUCGCCUACAGAAACUGGAGGAUCGCAUUGCUGAACUUCGCAGUGCCACUGAAUAG